AAUUCCCAUCCAACUAAAACAAAACAAACAAACACACUGUCUCAGUUCUCACUCUGUCGCUCUCACACUCUAAAUAGGAGUUCGAGCACAAAAUGCCAACUUGGUUCCAGCACAGAAAACGACCGUUCAUUGAGUCAAAUCCCAAUCCCAACCUUUGAAAACAUCAUUUUUGGCUUUGAUCGGAGGUACUGUUCUGUACUCUUACGUGGUCGGCGUGAAACUGAAACGUCGUCGUUAAUAAUAGUCUGGGAUUUUUGCUAAUCCAAAUGUUGUCUGCUUUGCUCUACAACUACUAAAUAGUAUGUGUGUCUAGCUAGUUUGCAACGUUGCAACGUUGUGGAUCGGAAACUCCAAGGUUCAACUCGCUGUCUCUCACUCCUUGCUCUCUGCAUUGUGUUUGUUUGUUCUCACUGCUCAAACCCUGACACUAUUCUUUGGGUAAUACUCUCACACUGUUUCAUAAUAGAAAAAUGUUGGGUUUUUAGGUACCAUCUUGAUGCUAAAGUCACUUGGUGCUUAGGCUUGGUCUUUGGUUCAUUUUUCUUCUUCUUGGCUACAUUGUGUUCGUAUAAAAGCCUGUGCUUGCUUUGAUUAGUUUCAUAGUUAAAGAAGAAAAAAAAUAUCUUGGGUUUUUUUUAAAAGUGGAUUCUAGAAAUUUACUAGCUUUUGUGUCUUCUUGCUUCUAUUAUUUUGAAACUUGAUGCUAAACCCUCUUGAAGCUGAAGUUUGAUGAUGGGAUAACCUUUAAUUUUGAUUUUAGCGCUUUAAGUAUUUUGAAUUUCUGUUCCUUCUUUUUGAACUCAAGCCGAUAUUCGCCGUAGUUGUUUACUGAACCUUUUAACUAAAAACCCCAAAGUUCAUUUCUUUAAUUAAUAUAGGGGUGUUCCAUGCCACUACCACAGGGUUUAAGGCAUAUUACCGGGAAUCCCGUUUCUUCUUGGGGAAAUUUCUGGAUCGCUGUUUAAGAUUUUGUACCCCACUUUCAUAAUAUUGUAAUCUUAAUCUUAUUAUAUUAUAUUUUGGAAUUUACUCUUGUAGAAGGUAGGAAGCACAUUGAAUUAGAUCUGUGUCAGUUUUUGGGUUCUUUGAUCUUUAAGCAAUGGAAAAUGCCACCUUUAAACCCUCUAAGCCCUCCUCAAACAUAUCUGAAAUUGUCUCCAAAUUCACGAAAGUUUGUAAAUUGAGAUCCAUUGGUGUCUUUCCCUCUGAAAGCCCAAAUCAGAAGCAGCACCACCAUCAACGUCAGUCUUGUCACAACCCCAAGAACAACACUGCCCCAUUAGUGGAGGAAAGCAGCGAUGACACUGAGGAGAAAGAAUGUGUCAGUGAGAAAAUUCAUCCUCAACCCAUUGAAGUUUCAAGCAAAAGCAAUGUGUGUGGUGAAGGGGAAAUUGUGAAGUUAUUUGACACUGUUUCAGCACUGAAAUUUGCUUAUAUUCAGCUUCAGGAAGCUCACAUUCCCUAUAACCCGGAUAAGAUUAUAGAUGCUGAUCAACUUGUUGUGGCUCAACUUGAAUCACUUUGCAAGAUCAAGCGUUCGUAUAAGGAUAAGCAAUUCACGAACAAAGCAGAGCUUGAUUCCUCUACAUGCAAUCAUUUGCAAGUGGAAAUUGAAUUGAGUGAGAGGGUGUUGGAAGACUUGAAGUCCCAAGUCAAAGCUAAAAACUCUGAGAUUCUUCGUUUGCAAGAAGUGCUUCAGGAUUUGGAGUUGGGGAACAUUGGACUGGUUGAGAAGAUGAGGCAGACAAGUCCGGAGAAGAAGAUCCCAACAGUUUUGAGCAUAGCUACACUUGAAGAUGCUUUCAUGGCCGCUACCAAGUCCAUUCAUGAUUUCGCAAAGCCAUUAAUUAGCUUGAUGAAAGCUUCAGGUUGGGAUCUAGAUCAGGCUGCGAAUUCAAUUGAAGAUGCAGUUAUUUAUUCCAAAAGGUCCCACAAGAAGUAUGCGUUUGAAGCCUACAUAGCUCGGAGAAUGUUUUGUGGGAUUGGAUUUAAGUCCUAUAAUGUGGAUGAAGUUAUGGGGUUUAAUAACCCUAUUGAUGCUCUGACAGAAUAUCCAAAUUCUGAUUUUGCGAAAUUCUGUGGAAAAAAGUAUCUAUUAGUUGUUCAUCAAUUGCUGGAAGUGUCAUUCUUUGGGAAUCUUGAUCACAGGGCAUUUGUGUUGAGUGGCAAGCAUCCCAGGACGCCAUUCUACCAAAUAUUUGCAAAGAUGGCAAAGUGGGUCUGGGUUUUACAAGGCAUUGCAGCUUCUAUCAAUCCAAAAGCAAAACUAUUUACUGUCAAAAGAGGAAGCAAAUUUUCAGAUUUUCAUAUGGAAUCUGUUGAAGAGGAUAUGGAAGGUGCAGUGGAGGCUGAUGAACAAGCUAUGCAUAGAGUUGAGCUGAUGGUCAUGCCGGGGUUUAAAAUUGGGGAUACAUUGUUGAGGUCCCGGGUGUAUCUUUCAAAACUGAAGUAAUCCCUUUGGAAAUGCUAGAUGGAGGUGCUUGGACUAACCGGUAACAUACCUAAUGACCUUUUGUUUUGUAAAUGUUGAUAAUUAGCUCAAGGUAGUUGGAAGCUGUAUUCCGAGUUUUUGCACUCUAGCUGGUAGUGUAUGAUGUAAUUGGACACACAAACUAGAGUUUGUACUUUCCAAUUACCAGUUUUUGAUAAAUCUACAUUGUAGGCCGCUAGAAUCUUGUUAA